AUGGCUCCCUCUAGAACCGAUGAAUUGGGCUUCAGGAAACCCCGUGUCGUCGCCCUCGGCGCUCCCAAGUACGUUGGCGACGACUAUCUCGCCGAAUUCAAGACCGAGUUCGACUACACCGUACUAGAGGCCACCAACCGUGAGGAAACAAUCGCAAUGCUCCCCGAGGACAUCAAAAAGAAUGGAACUAUCGACGCCUUCAUCAUCCGAAUGGGAACGCCGCCCUACGAGCCUUUCGAUCAGGGUCUCCUCGGUGCUCUUGCUCCGAACUGCAAAAUCAUCACUUCUGCUAGCGCGGGUUUCAACGAGUUCGACGUCGAGUGGAUGGCGUCCGAAAACAUAUGGUUCUGCAACACCGUCGACGCUGUAGCGGAGGCAACGGCAGACAUGGCCAUCUUCCUGACGUUGGCUGUUUUACGCAACACAAGCAACGCAGAGAGGAGUGCAAAGUCUGGAACAUGGAGAGCCGUCCCUGGACUCGUGCCUGGAAGAGACCCCUCGGGUCUGACUCUGGGGAUCGUGGGAAUGGUAUCUCGCAAAGAAGGCGGCAGUUUUUAA